GUGAUUUUCAACAUUCAGACCAACCAGUGUGUUAGGACGCACCCCACUCAUUGACACUGGGUAGCCCAUGCACAUGCACGACACUAUGGGUAGCUCCCCCGAGGUGCUCUCAUGGACUUCCUGCCCCAGUCUGCUGGUGGGCAAGCUGAAGGAGGAGCUCAAACUUACCGUGGUUGGGGAUGCCAUGAAGAAAUCAAACUUGCCCAACUCCCAACCUCAGCCUCCUCAGGCCCCUCCAUCAAAUUUACCACCUCAGAUCAUCACAGACCUGGCUCCACUGACACAACUGCCGGUUCCCCUGCAGACGCUGCAGAUGCCCGGCCAAGACGAAGACUCAAUGCUGGGGGGUAUAACUCCCCCAAACACAGUCUUGAGUGUGGACUCAACACGGAGCGAGGGUGGGCACUUUGACAACAGCGUACUCCAGCUGCAGGAGCAGGACCAUGAAGAAGUCGGAUCGCCAGUAUCUUGUGAGCAUGGCGGGUGUGGCAGUGGGAUGGAGGAGCAGAUGGGAGAAGGGGACUGUCCCAUACACCACAAUGUAGAGGGGAGGCAGAGCCACCCCCAUCACCCGGAUGACAUCAAGCUGCACUUCCACAGAGCAGGGCCUGGGUCGGGAGGGUUCUUAGAAGGGCUGUUUGGCUGUCUUCGGCCUGUCUGGAAUAUCAUAGGGAAGACGUACUCGACAGAAUACAAGCUACAACAGCAAGAACAAGUCUGUGUGUUUUCUGUUUGUGUAUGUUUUAGUGUUUUGGUGACCCACAACGACACUGUGAAAAUCUCAGACUUUGGAACGUCCAAAGAGCUCAGUGACAAAAGUACAAAGAUGUCAUUUGCAGGUACGGUGGCCUGGAUGGCCCCUGAAGUGAUAAGAAAUGAGCCUGUGUCUGAGAAGGUAGACAUCUGGUCAUUUGGAGUUGUGUUGUGGGAACUUCUGACCGGAGAGAUUCCCUACAAAGACGUGGACUCCUCCGCCAUCAUUUGGGGUGUUGGCAGCAACAGUCUUCACCUUCCUGUCCCCUCCACCUGCCCGGAUGGCUUCAAAAUACUCAUGAAACAAACAUGGCAAAGCAAGCCCAGGAAUAGGCCUUCGUUUCGUCAGAUCCUCCUACACCUCGACAUUGCCUCCGCUGAUGUCCUGGGAGCUCCUCAGGAGACCUACUUCAAGUCUCAGACAGAAUGGAGGGAGGAAGUGAAGAAACAUUUUGAGAAGAUCAAAAGUGAAGGCACCUGCAUCCACAGGCUGGACGAGGAGCUGAUCCGACGCAGGCGGGACGAACUCAGACACGCACUGGACAUCCGGGAGCACUAUGAGAGGAAGCUGGAGAGAGCCAACAACCUCUACAUGGAACUUAGUGCCAUCAUGCUGCAGCUUGAGGUCCGAGAAAAGGAACUAAUGAAGAGAGAGCAGGCAGUGGAGAAGAAAUAUCCCGGGACCUAUAAGCGCCACCUGGUCAGACCCAUUGUCAGGUCCAACGCUGUAGAGAAGCUCAUCAAGAAGAAAGGAAGCAUGUCGCACAAACCCGGGAUGCCCCCCACUAAAAGGCCAGACUUGCUACGUUCUGAUGGCAUCCCAAGCCUCGACCCUUUCCCCUCCCCCUCGCCGCUAUCAGCCAGCCCAAAGGUCUCCACGCCUCCCGGCAAAGCUCGCUACCGAAGCAAGCCUCGUCACCGCCGGGCCAACAGUAAAGGAAGCCAUAGCGAAUUCCCCGGGGUGCUGAAGCCUCUUGCUGGGGCAUUAGAGGACACCCAGUCUCUACAGGAGCAGCCGUUCCUCCAUCACCACCACCACCACCAUCCACCAACCGAGGGGCCCUUCCUCCCCUUGAAGGGCCGCGAGGAGGCCGUUGUCAACUGUGCCAACAACCUGCGCUAUUUCGGCCCCGCUGCUCCCCUCCGUAGUCCUCAGACUGACCACAUGCAGCGCCGCGUUUCUGGCUUCAACCCUGAUAUCAUAUCCACUGCUGUGGACGCAGACACGCGACAGCGGACUUCAUCCACCAGCUCUAAUCCUGCUUCAGGUGCUGGUGCUGGUUCUUUGUGUCCGUGCUGCCAGGCUCACCCCUUCCCUGGCUGCCUACACUGUCAGGAGACCCCUCUUGCAUCAAGCCACCCAGAGUUGCCCCACUAUUCCCUGCUCAACACCCAGGAGAGCACCGCUUCUUCUUUAGGAGCUCCCAGCAAAGAUCCAGCCUCAGACAGAGAGGCCACAAAGAAGGCUCAGCCAGAGGAACAAGAGGCAUCCCAACGCACUCACACCCUGCUCACUGCCCUGCCUCGUACUCUAAGACCUCUCAGGAAGGGUGGCGAUGAGUCCUCUGAAGAGGAAGAGGGGGAGGUUGAUAGUGAAGUGGAGUUUCCAAGGAGACAGAGACCUCAUCGCUGUAUCAGCAGCUUCCAGUCCUACUCCACCUUCAGCUCAGAGAACCUGUCGGUGUCUGACGGAGAAGAGGGAAACACCAGCGACCACUCCCACAGCGGGCCCCUGGAGAGGAUGAGUACCAGUCAGGAGGAACACCUGGAUGAGCUGUUGUCGCACACACCAGAAAUCCCCAUCGACAUCUCCACCCAGUCAGACGGCCUGUCUGACAAGGAGUGCGCCGUCCGCAGGGUAAAGACCCAGAUCUCACUGGGUAAACUGUGCUCUGACGAACACAGCUAUGAGAAUCCACUACAGUUUAGGGAUUCAGACUGCGAUACGUCAGAAGCAGAGUGCUCCGAUGCCACCAUUAGAAACAACAAAAUCGGGGCUCCUUCCUCAUGGUAAAACCCACCCAGAGGAUCGGUUCUGUUUUUUCCUGGAGGCCAUCGUGUCCCACUCUGCCCUGCAGAAAAUACAGCAAUAAGAGGACGACAUUGUAAACAAAGCUCCCUAUAGCCAAGUCCCAUGCAAUCUCUCCCAGAACCUCUGCCAGAACUACCCUUCCCUUUAUAAACCCCCACCCCCCCAUCUCUAGCACAGUAUCCAGGCAACCCAUGGCAGGGAUUCCCUUUUGAAUGAUAAUGUACAGUAGAUAAUGUAACAUUUAUAAUUUAUUUUUGUCUGAGUAUUGAAGGAAAAUUCAGGACAUCUAUAAAUUCUCUGAUCUGAACAGAGAAAACUGACUAUUUGAAACUGAGCAUGAGCUAAGUGUGUGUUGAUGAUGAUGAUGAUGAUGAUGAUGAUGAUGAUGAGAAGGAGGAUGUGUUGAAGUGCUGAUGUAUUAGGAGUGUCACUACAAGCCUUUUGAUCUGGCUAUCGUUGCUCUCAGCAUCUUGCUGUUUUAAACCGAAAUCCCCAACCAACAAGGACCCCCUCUUACUAAAGUAAGAUCAAGCUGCUUUAUCGUGAGGUGAUAGCGCAGAGCCCCAGUACCCUGCCUCACUGACUUCCAUCCCAUCCCCAACCUGGUGAGUUGGGGAACAGGGAGCUCUUGAAAGCAGUGUGAACACCAGCAUGAACAGCUUGCCUCGCAACCAGACUUCCUCCCUCCCUCCCUUAGAAACCACCUCGUCUCUAGUCUUUCACCAAGAUCCCCGCUGAACUUUUCCAAGCAUGCUUGUGUAGCUCGCAAAAUGCAAACGCUGCCAGAAGACUGCAUGAAGUAGACAAGCUAGCAGAGCAAUAGAGCUGAAGACUCAGCUGACAGCUAAGGAGAAGAUAAAAAAGAGACUUCCUCUGUGACCCAGCUCAUCCUUCUCCGAGACACGUCAUCAUCAAUCAGAUGUCAUGACCAGAGUUGUUUAGGGAGGUGUGUGUGUGUGUGUGUGUGUGUGUGUGUGUGUGUGUGUCUCUGUGGCCCUUUCCUCUCCAUUAGACAUAACAGUUUCAAGUCUCAUUGAUGUCUCUCAGGAUUGUUCGAGGACUGUAAGAAACUGGACUGGACCAAUUAUUAUAUAUAUACAUAAUAUGGACCUUCCAUAUGGACAAGAAUAUUAAAAAAGGUUUUACAGAUAGCCUUGAUGUUCAACCCUUUAUUUGUGUAACAGACAAUAAUGUUAUGUAGACACACCAGAUUUUUCUUGCAAUCCAGGUGCAGUAUCCCAUUUCUUAAAAUUAAUAGGUGCAUUGUCUCCCAUUUACCGUUUUCUAGCAGGGUACUUCCUCGGUCUUACCCGCAGUGUCCAAAAAUAAUAAUUGCUUUCUGUGCUGUAGUGAAUAAAACAGCAAUAAUGUAGGUUGGCGCUCAGGUGAGAAAGAUGUUGCUUGCACAGGAUCCAGGGCGUCUAGCUUGCUACACGCAAUACAGUGACUGGUGGCUGGCCAGAGAAGAGCAGCAUGUGUCAAACAGCUUAUUAUAGAUGCUAUAUUUUCAAAUUUGACCAAUUUAGGAACUCGUUUCUGGGGGUUUGAUGCUAAGGUUUAUGUUGCCGAUUGGGAGCAGGAGCAAUAUAUCAACAGCCACUAGAUGGGGACAGUUGAAAUGACUUACUUUCGCUGGGGUUGUGUAAAUCUACUGGCUCCUUUCCUUUCUUUCUACCCAAGAUACAUUGGGCAUUUCCGCCUUUAAUGGAUAGGACAGCUCAGAUAUGAAAGGGGAGAGAGAGGGGGACGACAUGCAGGAAACCGUCACAGGUCGGACCUUCUGCGUUGAGGAAUAAAGCUCAAUAUGUGUGUGCCGGCUCAACCAACUGAUUUGUCCGGCCACGAGCCAAGAUAAUUUCUCUGUUUCCCAUGUCCAUCCACAUCCUUAAAUCCCAGCAAUGUUACUAUUUUUGAAUAGUUGUCUUGGAAAAGGGUUACUGCAUCUGUGAGAGCUUUACUUUGUAUCCUUAUAAGAGUGUUUGUCAUCCAUCUUAAUGAUUCUGCGGUUAAAAAAAGUAGCCAGCCAGGGUUGAACUUUACAAUAAUGAUGUCAAGUGUGUGCAGAUGGCUGAGAUUCUAAGUUGGGAAUGAAAGCCAGAGACAAGGCCACAGAGCAAUAAAGCUGCUCUUGGUUUUCACCAACCUCAUCUCAGUGUUAGUUACUCCUGUACGUAAACAUCUGUAAAUGUAAUGUAAUCUGUUUUUGUCCUCUCUCUAUAACGUAUCACACAGCUGUGACAGAGCCUUCUGUCACUGAUGAAACUAAGCAGAAAGUGCUUUCAUCUGUAUGACAUCAGUAUUGACGACCGCAGGAGUGUGUGAGUCAUGAGAACCGAGUAGCACAAGGUGAAGCUAAAUCUGUACCGAUGGAUCAAUUACUCUUUUGCUUGAAAGCUCUGGAAACGCUUACACCUGGUACUGAAAGCAGCGGUUGCCUUUUCUCGAGCCUCCUUCAACCUUGUUCACCCUGUUUCUGUGUGUGUGAAAUAACCUAGUAUACUGUAAUGACUGGGUAAUCCGAUCAAGCUGUUAAUAAUGUUGUCUUUCUGUCAUGUUAUCCUAGGAAAUAUAUGAUUGUUGUAAAGUUUUAAUUUAAUUUUCUUUUCUUUUUUCUUUUUCUUUUUGUAGCUGGCCUACAUGAUUAUUUAAUUAAUUUAUUAUGAAUGACUGGUAAGGUUUGUGUUCUUUUUAAAUUUCAGGCGGCUUUAGAAAAGUUAUGACCUAUGAUUUCUGAAAGUAUUAUUUAAAGGAAGUACAAUAAAUUGGUAUCAGAAGAGAACAGUAUUUGUAUGGGAGAACAAAAGCAUUGUCAUAUCAUGGGCAUCAGUUUUGUUUUUGUGACCCUGCGGGGAACUGUUCAUCAUUUAGAUCAUGAAGUAUUGAUUUUUCAUCAGUAAUUAGCAGCAUCAGGCAUUCCUAAAGCUUUUAAGGCUAUAGGGAAUCAAUUCUAAUACAAAGAAAAGCCAGUCCGUGGACUCUCCCAGGAGGGUAAAUUAGACGUUAAGCCUGAAGGCGUGUGUGCUGCCGACGUCUGUUCUUCUGCAGAGAACCCUUUCUCUCAUUUUUAUUCAAAAUACCAGUCACUUACAUCGGAAUUUCUGGGAAAUUGUCUCUAACUGUAGACAUCAUGUUGCCUCAUCCCAUGUAAUUAACAUCUGUUUCUUUAUUACUCUAAUUUCCAACUCCCUUUUUUCCAUUGAAUGGCAUUAUGAUCAACCAAUCCUGUCUGUUUCCUGUAUUAUCCAGUGUACAGUGGGUAUCUGGGAGAAUAAAAUCAGAGCAAACAACUGCAUGGAAUAAAUGCUGAUGUACUGUACCCAACA